AUGAUCGGCUGCUACAACACAAUCAAGUGCACCGGAUUACUCUCCAAUCUGCUAUAUAUGUUGCUGGCAAUUGGCAUUAUAUCUGCAGCAGAUUUGGGCUUAGAAAUGGCUGAGCCAAAUACACCGGAACAUACAUAUUUUGUGGAAAGUUUAGUUUUAGGUGGCACUAUUUGCAUUAUAGUGAUUUUUGGGUGCUAUGGUCUGGUCUGUAAUCUUCUGAGUGUUAAUAUUAUAUUCACCUUGUUCAUCUUGAUUAUUCUGGGCGUGGAGUAUCUGCAGCUGCAUAAUUAUGGCUAUUCACCACUUAAGCGCCACUCUGUUAGUCCGUGGCAUCAAUUGGAAUUGGCCUGGCAUGGUCUCAGCAAACAAAACGAUUCGGAAACCAUGCAGCUAUAUGAAAGUAGUCAUCAUUGUUGCGGCUACAACAAUGCUGAUGAUUAUAAAAAUUUACAUUUACUGAUCCCAGCAAGUUGCUAUCGCUAUCAACCUUAUAAUGAUGCCAAUGACACUGUCUCCGAUAGGCAGAUAAUCUAUCCACAUGGCUGCCUGGAGACUUUGACUAAUAGCCAGCAAUAUGUACAGCAACGUGAUAAAGUCUUUAUGUGGUCCAUUGUUGGCCUUGAGAUCUUCAUACUCGUGCAAACGAUUGCCCUCAGUUGGCUACUGUAUAAGCUGAAACAGCGUCAGCGCAUCCGUCGACAGGUGCCACCAGGUGUGAGGCGUGAACCGCGUGCCAAUCAUAUAGCCGGCUCACGAGCUCAGCUAUUGCAAAAUGUUUAAUUUCAUU